UAGAAGAGCCAUGACAGAAUAUAUUUUCGAAUGAUGGCGUUUUAAUUGCAAACCGAACGUCAUUGUCUAUUAAUAAUCUGAUGUAAUCGAUUUUAUAAUAGUACGUAUCUUGUUUGGAAUAAAGAUCAACAAUGGUUUUCGAAUCGAUCGUUGCUGAACUCCUGAAUAAGGUGUUAGGAGAAUACAUUCAAAAUUUGGACUACACGCAAUUAAAGCUCAGUUUGUGGGGAGGGGACGUUGUAUUAACAGAUUUAUUAAUAAAAGAAACUGCAUUAGAUGUGCUGGAUUUACCCAUCAGAUUGGAAUAUGGAAAAUUAGGCAAACUUAUAUUAAAAAUACCGUUCAAAGACAUGUGGAAUGGUCAAAUUGAUGCAAUAGUCGAGGAAUUAUUUCUACUUGUUAUACCUACAAGUCAAGUUGCAUACGAUGCUGAGAAAGAGGCUAGAGUUCAACUUGAAGGCAAACGUGCAGAGCUUGCAAGAGUUGAGAAAAGAAAACAAUUAGCGGAUACUAAAUUACAAGAAAAGUUGGACGAUUCAAUGAUUGAAAAACUCAUUGCCCGUAUGAUAAAAAAUAUUCAUGUUGAAAUUAAAAGGAUACACGUACGAUAUGAGGAUCAUGUUUCCUUUAAAGAUCAUCCAUUUUCAGUUGGUUUUACACUGAAUAAAUUCAUCUUAGAAAGUUGUACAGAUUCCUGGAAAAUAGAUGGUAACUUAAAGGACAUGUAUGCUAUCCCACAGAUUUAUAAGUUAUGCACAUUGGAUGGCUUGGCUGUAUAUCUGAAUACAAUUGUAGAACAAUUUAGUAACAACUCAGAGUCAAGCUAUUCAGAUCUCUUUUCCAGUGGUAUUGCAACUAUAGAUUACAAUCCACUGGGCUACCAAUAUUUAUUGGGCCCAAUAAACGUCAAUGCAAAGUUAAAGCUAAAUCCAAAACCAGAGACAGAUGGCAGUAAUUACGCGAUUCCGAAGGUGUGGUUGGAUCUGGAAAUGCAAAAAUUAAGAAUAGGACUAACGAAAAAGCAAUAUCGUACAAUUGUUCAGUUAGGCGAAGGCUUGGAUCAGGCACAAAAGGCUGCCCCGUAUAGAAAGUACAGACCUAAUUUGUCAUUGUACAGGGGACACUACAAAGAAUGGUGGCAUUUUGCAUAUAUUUGUAUUUUGGAAGAAACGGUACGCAUAAAUCGUAGGAAUUGGGAUUGGAAUCAUAUGAAGCAACACAGGGAUGCGUGUCGUGAAUAUGCCGAGGCGUAUCAGACAAAAUUAACAACCAAGAAAGUUGCACAGGAAAUAGAAGAUUGUCUUACAGAAUGCGAAAAGAAGUUAGAUAUUUUCAAUUUGGUCAUCAUUAGACAACAAAUUGAAAUGGAAGUGGAGAGAUUGGUAGAAAAAGAAAAGAAUCUGAAAGCGAAACGUGGUUGGUUUGGAUUUCUCUGGUCCAGUUCACAAACGGAGGAAACACAAGAACUAAAUUCCGCGGCUGCAAUAAUGAGGAAAUUCGAACAGGCGAUAACGCCACAGGAAAAAGAGAAAUUAUAUAGAGCAAUUGAUUAUCAAGAAAACAGCGCACCAGCUCAUUAUCCUGAAACAUACGAGAUGAUCGAUACCCGGUUCCUGUUACAUGAACUACAGAUAAUCUUUUUGGAUACGGACAAGGAAUACCCAUGCGUAUUGGAUCUUCAACUUCAUGUUGUUGAAGCUGGCUUUAAGUCAAGGCCAUCUGCUAAUGCUACAUUAGUUACAGCAUCGAUCAAUCAAAUGAAGCUUUUAGGUACAAAACAAAAUGACCAGGUUCCUUCACUUUUCAAUUCUCAUGAACAUAGCGCGGAAACUGUUUUAAUAUACGUAUCAUAUGAAAAGAAUCCCCUUGAUAAGUUAUGCGGGGAUCGUGUUAUAGUCAGAUCAACAUCGGUGGAUAUUAUCUACGACGCACAAACUGUAAUAGAAGUAGUUAAUCUGUUCAAAGUGCAAAACUCUUCAACCUUGAAUCAACUUCAAGCAGCUGCCGCAGAACAGUUUGAGGGUUUAAAGGAAAUGUCAGCUCUGGGUUUAGAGCAUGCCAUUCAAAAACAUUCGGUAUUAGACAUACAGGUCGACAUGCAGGCGUCACAGUUAAUCGUUCCACACGGUGGAUUCUAUAACAGCACAAAGUCAUUGUUGGUGGUCAAUCUUGGUAGUUUAAAAAUGCACUCAUUGGAAAAACCGAAGCACGAUAGGACGAGUGUAUCCGUUAAACAAUUAAUCAGCAUGGGUAAAAGUGAAGAGGACGUGUUGCUGCAUCUCAGAGAACAUAGCUAUGACAAAUUUGUUCUAAAAAUAGUCGAUAUACAAGUACUGGUUUCCCUGCCGGGAGAGGAAUGGCGUACAAUUCUAUCGAAGGUACAUGAUUCUAUGACGUUACUACAUCCAACUACCCUUGAGAUUCAGUUUCACAAAUGCUUAGUGACCGAUGAUCCUAUUCUUCCAAAGUUGAGACUUAUUGGCCAAUUACCGUCACUUGUAAUUAGUAUAACAGACAUUCGUUUAUUACAAGCCCUGGCUAUUGCUCAGAGUAUACCGUUACCAAAAGAAGAAGAAUCCACAGAGCUUCAAAAAUCCUCACUUAGUAAAUCCGUCUCUCAGCUGUCCCUGUUAAAAGAGUUGACAACAAUUUCCAUUGUCUCUGAAAAAAAAAAGGAAGAAACUAGGCACGUUAAACAAACCACCGAUUUGGAAAUGAAAUUUGUCAUGAAAGAAUUUGCAUUGCUGGUUUCAUCUCAAAAGGACGAUAUAAUAAUACCGUUUAUGAAGUUUGAGGUAUUACAGUUGGAAGCGGAAAUGUUGCAGCGAACGUAUGAUCAAGAAAUAAUGUUACGAUUGGGCGGUGUUCAGGUGAAGCAGCAUUACGAUAAAACGGAAAUAUUUAUGGUAAACACUCCUAUGUCAUCUGGUCGAGAUGAAUACCUGAUAACAGCGCAAUAUAUAAAUGUGAAUAAACGAUCCCCCGAAUUCACGACGAGACAUGGGUCCGUUAUUAAAUUAUUAAAAUUGGAAUUUACAACGUUAGACGUUUUACUUCAUCAAGAAGCACUGAUAAAUCUUUUGCAGUUUGCAACAUGUAUGCAGGAUCAAAUGAAUUCUGUAGCGCAAAGUACAACAGAGGAAAAGGAUCGUCAAUUCGUUCGACCACGAGUGAGUCAUUUGACUUCUAUUCAAGAGGAAACGUCUGGUUUCUUUAAAGAACAAAUUCACAGGCAAAAGCUUCGAUCAACCACAUCACGUCGUAGGAGAACAAUGAUCGAGCAUAUAGAUUUAAAGAUCCAAGCAAAGAUAGGUACAAUCUGCAUGAGGAUAGUUAGUAAAUGUCGAGAAAUCACUACGUUUCAUGUUGACGGCAUUACAGCUGGAUUCGUAAUGAAGGCUUCUUAUUCCCAAGCGAAUGUUAAUUUGUCCUCUGUCAGUGUUAUAGAUCUUAAUGCUGCAUCGGCUUAUAGAGAUAUUAUAUCGGUGACAGAAGAUACCGAAUCCUUACAAGUUCAAGCUAUAAUAUAUAAUAUCGAUCCAUCGGAUGUUGAUAAAAAUAAUAUGUCCAUUACGGUUGCUAUGGGUUGUUACCGUAUUGUAUUCUUAAAUAUGUUUGUUACCAGUAUAAUGAGCUUCUUGAAUAACUUCCAAGCAGCUCAGCAAGCUAUAAAGGAUGCCUCGGCCGCAGCCGCGGAAGCUGCAAAGACAAAUAUUAAAGAUGUCCAGGAAAGUGCAGCGCGAAUAGGACUUGCAGUAAAAAUUAAGGCGCCUGUUAUAUAUGUACCGAUGCAUUCAAAGAGCAAUCACUGUCUAACGUUGGACAUGGGUAAUCUAACUGUGUGCAAUGUAUUUAAGAAACUGGAGAUUACAAACGAGGCUGGGGACUGUCCCAUUGUUGAUGAAAUGAGAAUCGAAUUGCAAAACUUAAAGUUGUCUAGGGUGAAGUUGAACAUGGAAAAGUUUGCGGUUGAAAGUGAAAUAUUACUGUUGGAACCAGUUAGUUUCACGUUACUUAUUAAACGCAAUUUAUCAACUGCUUGGUUUACCUCCAUUCCAGAUAUAGAUAUGUCUGGCAGACUAAAUAAAAUUAAUUUGUUAAUUAGUAAAGAGGAUUAUGCUACCGCAAUGAAGGUACUGGAAGAAAAUUUAGGGGAGAAAAUUGAAGAAACAAAUCCUGGACAAAAUGCUCUUUCAAACGAAAGGAAACUUGCAGUAGAAGUGCAACACCAUCAACCAACAGGCGAUAAACCUGAAAGAACCACUGUAGCAGACGCCGAAGAUACGGACUUCCAGGAACAACCGCAGAUACACACAUCCAUCAAAUUUGAGUUUGCCAUGGACAGUCUUGUGAUUAACUUAUUUACAGGAGGCUCAAAAAUGCUACAGUCUCAGAGUUCUCUGCUACAUUUACCAGAGAAUGGAUUAGCAAAGUUUUCUUUGACUCAUUUCGCAUUAAAAGGCAGAAUAUUUGCUGAUGGAUUAAUGGCAACUUCUAUUCUUCUUAUGAACUGUACUUUGGAUGAUACACGGCAAAUUAGAGAAGGUUCCCUUAUCAGAAUUAUGGAGAGAACCACAGCUUUACCUUCCACGAAUGACAUGGAAAUAGAGUCAAAGUCUGUACGUAGUAUGUUAGACAUGACUGUUAGACAAAGUUUAAAUGAUACAUUUGUUGAUGUUAGAGUUUUCUCCUUCAGUAUAAUCGUGUCUCUUGAUUACUUAAUGAAAGUCAAGGACUUCUUCACUAUCGAAGAAACACCUUCGAAUAAAGCAGUGACCCAAGGUGUAUCAAAGAAUUACAACGAAGCAGCAGCAGCAGCAGCAGCAGCAACAACAAAGAAGAAACAACCUCCUGCAGCAUCAAAUAAAAAAAUGUUCACUAUUAAUCUGCACAUUGAAAAGCCGGAUAUUAUACUCCUCGAAGACAUGGAUAACAUAAAUUCAAAUUGUGUCAUAUUAAAUACUGAGCUACUGUUAAAAGUACGUUUGAAGGGUGAGCACCAAGUAAUAACUGGUUCUAUAAAAGACUUGUCGAUUUUAGCUGGUAUAUACAAUCCAGUGAAGAGAAGCGAUUGGAUAUAUCAGGUUUUAAGACCGUGCAGUAUUAGUGUAGCUGGCUCUACACCAGAAGGAAAAGGACUUCAUAUCGAUGUUUGUUGCACUGAUAUACAUAUAUCGGUAUCACCAGGUGUCAUAGAAAUUUUGAAUAAAGUUGUUCACACAGCGACGAAAACAGAAGUAAAGGACGAAGAAGUUGUUAUAUCCGAAUCAAAUCACGAAGAUUUAUGGAUUGUAACACCAUACGAGGAGAGUGAAUUUUGGUUCCUGAAAACAGAAGUAGGAGUUGAAGCUGUCGAAGAUAUUGUAUAUGCCGACGAGGAAAUUACAGCAGACUAUAAGCCAGAAUUGGCAAUAGUUUCUGCACGAACAAUCUUACUCACAUUAGAAGCAGGUGUUGGUAACAAAACGCUACCUAUGCUUCUACUUCAUAUUGGAUUCCAGAGCAAUGUCAACGAUUGGAGUUCAAAAUCUAUGAGUAUGGAGGCUACAAUGUCGCUGAUUAUGGCGUAUUACAACAGUCGUCUCGCGUUAUGGGAACCAUUAAUCGAACCCAUAGAGGGAAUCAGAAAUGGAAAGCGAGUUUCUACACCUUGGGAACUAAAGACUAAAAUUCAAUUUAACGAAGUAUCGGUGGACUCUAGGGGAGCAAGCGUGGCUAGUCCAACUACCGAGAGUGAACCAGAAGAAUGGCAUCAAACAGCUAAAAUGUCCGUCGAUAUAGUGUCCUCUGAAAACUUAGAAAUAACUGUAACCAAAACUUGCCUCGACGUACUCAAACAGCUUGGCAAUGCAUUUUCAUCGGCAAUGGAAGCUGGUGGAAAAGGGACUGCUAAAAGUCUGGCACCCUAUGUACUGAGAAACGAGACUGGUUUGACAAUGGUUUUAGAUUUAGAACGCAGCUAUUUCAAGGUGUUCAACGAUGGAUCGAAAACAACAAGGGAAAAUGCAGACACAUACAUGGAAGUAAUUCUGGAAUCCGGUGCAUCGGUAGAGCUCGCAUCGCAAACUACAAAAACUGAAAUACCUUUGCUUGAUCAGCUGAAAAGUAAUUCAUUUGAAGAGAGGAGAGAAGACGAUAAAUUCAUCAUUUCGUUUAAAGAAAUCGAUUGCACAUUGACCAUACCCGUUUUGAGAGCCGACAAAAGAUUCUUUUCUCUAAGAUAUCGAAAAGAAAGUUCCGAAGAGUGGGGUAUUGUGUCUGAUGUUGUGGUGGACGAAGGGAGUACUAUAGUCACUCUCAGAAGUAUUCUUCAGGUCCACAAUCAUUUCAGCGAACCGAUAUCUGUAUAUUAUAUGACCAAACGUGGAAAUGAAGUUGAAUGUGUGGGCACUGUUGCUCCGGAUAGUAAAUUAAAUCUUCCAUUGGAUGCAGUAUAUACUCCAACAAACAUCUAUUGGCUAUUUUUCAGUGUUGAUAGAUACAUGGUUUCAAUAGAACCAUUCGUGUGGAAAGAUUUACAGAAGACAGUUUCUAUGACGAAACUUUUAAAGUGCGAAAGUCGUACGAAACAAGAAGCAGUAGUACCGUUUUAUAUAAAGAUGUUUUUCGUGAUGAUUGUGGUUGGUAGUAUUUUAUCUAAUAAUAACAACACUAUCGGCUUAUUAUUUGACGCUAUUAACUGGCGAUCCAUAUUCUGUCGUUUCGUUGAUAUCGUCGAGCGUCUUUGCUUGAACAAUUUACCCUCAGAACACCCAAAAUAUCUGCAAGCACCCAUUCAGGUUGUAGGAGAAAUAGAACAGGUCUACUUCGAAAAUACAAGCCGACAUACGAUGGCUAGUACCAUUUAUAAUGUUCACUUGUAUCCAUCUGUGUAUUUGAAGAAUUUUCUGCCGAUUGAUAUUAUUGUAUCGAUGCCUGGAAUUGUUCAAGAAAAGCUUUUGGAAGCAGGCACAUCUUAUCAGAUUCCUACAAUUGAUCCCGAUAAAUCGUAUAUAAUCAUCAAGCUGCCAAAUUAUUUAGAAAAGGACUGGUCGUGCAGAGGCGAGAUACUGGCAAACCCACCAGAAUUUUCAGUCUGGUCUUUCGAGUCUUUUGACAGCGCACAAAAAGUUGUUAUGGACUUAGGGAUGCAUAUAUCUUACAAACAUGGAUCUAUCGUCAUGGCAUUGUACUGCCCAUUUUGGAUGCUGAACAAGACAGGUUUAAUGUUGUCCUAUCGGAAAUCAAGUAAGGGUGGCAAAGAACACUCAAGUCCAAUCAAGAGUUUGGUUUGUGUCACAAAACCUCGUCGGCAACGUGCAGAGUACAGGAAGAAGGAAGCACGUUUGAGCGGAGAUGACUAUUUAAACGUGUUGUAUCACCCGGAAAACUUCAAGGGACCAAUAUUAUUUUCAUUUCGUUCGAAAGUAUUUUUUGGUAAAAAGAAGGCAAUGAUUAGAGUGGAGGAUGGCGAGUGGUCUGAUAAGUUUCCAAUAGAUGUUGCUGGAAGCGAGGGAGUAGUUGUUUGCAAAUACAACGGAUUGACCUAUCAGAUUGGAGUCCACAACCAGCUGACCUAUAACUCAUUAACAAAACAGAUUACAUUUACUCCAUACUAUGUUCUUAUAAAUAAUUCCAGUUUCCUUAUUGAAUGUCAAGAAGGUGAUAGACCGGCCGAUCCUGUAUCCAAGGUUCCACCUGGUGAAUGUACAGCUCUUUGGCCCCGUUCCGAACAUGAACAAAAGAUCUUGAGAGCAAAGAUUUCAGGUGAACCUGAUACAACAGCACCAUUCGUUUACACCGAAAGUCAUACAACUUUAUUAAAAUUAAAUAAUAAGUAUGGAGGAAUCAAUGUAGAUGUACAGAUCAGCGAAGGUGGGGUUUACGUUUCUCUGUCCGUUUACACUUAUGGAAAUGCUCCGGCAUUAAUUAUAAACCACACAUCUCAUACUAUCCAAUUCUGGGAGAAGGGUUCGUUGAAUGUCAGAUCCAUACAGUCAUAUAAUAGAAUGUUUUAUACUUGGGAAAAUCCUGCAGGACCAAAGAAUAUAGUAUGGGAGGACGGCAAUAAAAAGGAAAUCGAAGACACUUUGAGAAAGGAUACGUUGGGAACUUUUCAACUACAGGAUUUGGAGGCGGAAGUAUUUUAUGUAUCAUUUUUGGAUGGUACGCAACGAAUACUUCUGUUCACAUCAAACAUGAAAGUUGCAGAAGAUUGUCAAUUAGCGGGUGAUUUUGAAACUAUAGAGCAAGAAGUAACAAUAAGCAUUCAUGGUGUUGGACUUUCACUCGUUAACAACAUAACAAGAUCAGAAUUAUUAUACAUGUGUAUAGCUAGUUCUGGAAUUAUUUGGGAAACGAGUAAAUCUGUUAGUCAUCGUUGGCGAGGCCUCGGUACAAGAGAAGUGAAUAUUAUAGAAGAAGGCUAUCAGAAAUACAUCCGAGAACUACAAAUAGAAAAAGAUCCACCGCAGAUAGUAAUGCUUGAACCAAAACUGGAGGUUGAUUAUCUGAACAUGGAAAUGUUGAAACCGCACCGUAGAUUUCUACGGCGGACCUUCCACACAGGUUUAUGGUUGCAGUAUCGAACGUCAGCGCAUCAGGUGCAACUGCAUGGAAAGAUUAAUAAACUUCAGAUCGACAGUCAACUUUCAGAGUGCGUUUUUCCAGUUAUUUUGGCCCCAGUUCCACCUCCAAAGAGUGUUACCCAAAGUAGCGUAAUGAAGCCAUUUGCUGAAGUUAGUAUGGUGAAACGAUUAUUAGAGCAUAGCAAUGUUCAGCAAUUCCGUUAUUUUAAAGUUCUCGUACAAGAAUUUCACGUGAAGGUGGAUAUUGUAUUUAUCAAUGCAAUAAUGGGGUUGUUUGAAGCGAAUGAAGCAAACGAUACAGAAGAAAGUAGAUUAUUUAAAUUAGACAUGAAAUUGGUCGACGAACCCUUAAUGUAUCAUGUCAGUUUAAUUACUACAGCCGAACAGAAGAAUUUCUUUGAUUUACUUCAUUUCUCACCGUUGAAGAUACACAUAAGUUUCUCAAUGACUGGAAGCAAUAGCGGACCUUCGGCAGUACCUCAAGUAUUGAAUGUGUUACUACAGGGAAUAGGUGUCACGUUAACUGACAUUAAUGACAUUGUUUUCAAGUUAGCAUACUUUGAAAGGGAUUACACGUUCAUGACUCAUAAACAGCUAAUUUCUGAAGCAACAAUGCAUUAUGUAGGGCAAGCAAUUAAACAAGCGUAUGUCCUUGUGUUGGGGCUUGAUGUGAUUGGAAAUCCGUAUGGACUUGUAGUCGGUACUAUGAAAGGCAUUGAGGAUUUGUUUUAUGAACCAUUUCAAGGUGCUAUACAAGGGCCUGGAGAAUUUGCGGAAGGUCUGCUUCUUGGCGUCCGUAGUAUGUUAGGUCACACUGUUGGCGGAAUGGCUGGAGCAGUAUCGAAAAUAACGGGAGCCAUGGGUAAAGGUCUAGCUGCCCUGACAUUCGAUAAGGAUUAUCAAAGGAAACGACAGGAACAACUGAACAAGCAACCCACUAAUUUACAAGAAGGUCUUGCGCGUAGCGGGAAAGGUUUGGUAAUGGGUGUGGUUGACGGUAUAAGCGGAGUUGUAAUGAAACCUAUAUCGGGUGCGAAAGAAGAAGGCGUCGAAGGCUUUUUCAAAGGGUUUGGAAAGGGUGUUGUUGGUCUUGUCACUAGACCAACCGCUGGUGUUAUAGACUUUGCGAGCGGCUCCUUUGGAGCAGUGAAACGGGCAACCGAGUUGAGUGAAGAAGUGAAGAGAGUCAGGCCGCCCAGAUUUUUCCAACCGGACAAUUUGGUCAGGUCGUACAUAAGAGAAGAAGCUGAAGGAUAUAAGAUCUUAAAUGAAUUAGAGAAAGGAAAAUACGCACAUACCGAUAUUUAUUUCUAUCACGUGUACGUUAUUAAAGAUGUGGUAUUGCUUACCGAUAAGAGGAUCGCGUAUGUGGAAUAUAGUGACUUAUGCGGUGGAUGGCGGGUGGAUUGGACGUAUACGUGGCAAGAAAUUGGUGAGCUACCGAAAUUAGUUGAUAGGGGAAUACAACUUUGUAUCAAGGACAACAGUAAGAAGAGGAAACUUGGAAAAAUAUUCGGUAGUGCAGAUCAAUCAAAAGUAAUAUUAAUACAAGAUUACAAUACGAGACAGCUUUUGUUCGACAAGAUACAGGAGCAAAUUAAUCAGUGCAGUUUGUAAAAGGGAUAAUCUAUGAUGCAACUAGAAGAAGACACACGUACAAUAUGUAUAUACAUCGAUACUUACGUACAAUUAAUCGAGCUCAUAGUGCCUGGCGUCAUAAACUAAUACAUUAAGCUUCGCGAACAAGAUUGUCUACAUUAUAACAGAUUUUUCUACAAGCAUUAUUUACAAGACUGAUGUUUAGUCGGGG